GAGUCAACACAGGUCAACACGCUUGACGUUGAUCAUAAGCCCACAGCUAUUUCAUCAGAAAAAGAAGGGGAUAGGGGCGUAAACCGGAGAAAACAUUUUCCAUAUGUAGAAUCUUAGUAUAGAGCGAGGAGACCAGCUAACGAUAAUAGUCCAAUAUAUGUAGACUUCCUUUCGUUGAUCAGUCUUAUUCGAGCCUUUGGCUGAAUCAGAUCGGAAUAUCAAGUUAAUGUCUCUGACAUUUAUUGCGUUAAAUGUCAUUGCUCUCUUCAUUUCAGUAUCUCAAAUCGUGGAUAAUUUUGUUAGCAGGACAUAUCAUCUGCAUAUUUUUACGAUCAACAAGCGAAAAUAAUAUAACAGUGACGAUAGUAUCAGUGAAAUUAAAUCUAAAUUGUUUGUUGAUAAUAUAUUAAAUUAUUACCAAAUUAAACUUGUUGCUUAUCAAUUAAGAAAUAUAUUGUGUUAUUCAAUUUCACUGGAAAGAAGAAACACUUUUUAUUGAAAAAUCAUGCCGAGUAGUAAAACGAGAAUCGCUGUUGUGGGUGGUGGAGUGGCUGGUCUGGUGGUAGCUCGUCAUGUAGUGGCCAAAUUAAAUUCUUAUAAUCUCGUCCUUUUCGAGCAAACCGAUCACAUCGGUGGCACCUGGGUGUAUACUGAUGAAACAGAUCUUGACAAACAUGGACUUUUGAUUCACAGCAGCAUGUACAAGAAUCUCAGGACAAAUAUACCGAAGGAAGUAAUGGCGAUACCUGACUUUCCCUUUCAAGAUCUGGAUGGCCCUUCUUUCAUUCACCAUAGCUUAAUAAAAAAAUACCUCAUGAGCUAUGCGAAGCACUUCAAUCUUUAUCCCUACAUUAAAUUGAAUACCCUAGUGAAGCGCAUAGAGCCAGAAACUGUUAACGGCCGGACAUUAUGGAUGGUGACAUAUGAGUCAUUGGAGACCAAAACAGAAACCACAAAGAUUUUCGACGCCGUGGUGCUGUGCAACGGACAUUACACUGUCGGUCGUAUUCCGCAUAUUCCAGGUAUCGAAAGCUUUCGCGGUAGAUGCGUUCACAGCCAUCAGUACAGAGUGCCAGAGGUCUAUACCGGCAAGAAGGUUUGCAUACUCGGCGCGUCCUGGUCUGGCAUUGAUAUCGCCAUGGAAGUCUCGCAAUAUGCUGAUAAAGUAUAUCUGAGUCAUAAUCUGCCGGAACAACUCAACUCGAAAAUAUCGAGCAAUCUCGAGCAAAAGCCCGGUGUCGAGUCCAUCCAGGGGAACAUCUUCACCUUCCGCGAUAGUUCAACAGUGGAAGUGGACGAUUUCAUAUUCUGUACUGGUUACAAAUUCACGUAUCCCUUUAUGUCGGCUAAAGUCGAGAUACGUACAGACGACGACCACGUGGAACCCAUCUACAAGCAUCUAGUGCAUAUGGACUAUACAAAUUUGUUUUUCAUGGGCUUGCCCGCGUUGGUGAUACCGUUUCCAAUGUUCCAUAUCCAAGCACAGUAUAUUCUCGGGAUCCUCGAAGAUCGCAUUAAGUUACCGUCCGCGCAACAGAUGCGCGAAGAAUACGAAAUCGAGAAGAAGUUUCUAUUGGACCAAGGUAUUCUGCUGAGACACAUUAACAAGUUAAAGGACAGGCAAUGGGCUUACUAUGAUGAACUUGCAACCGCUGCGAAUGUGACAGGCUUCCUACCAGUGGUCAAGAAGGUUAUGGAUCACGUUUUGCAAAUGCGUGAAGUAGACUUCACCACCUACAAAAAUUAUCAGUACCGUAUCAUCGAUAGCGAGAAUUACAGCGUGUCUUACUGUAAACCUUGUUAAGUUCCACGCAAAGAAAAGUGAGUAAAGUAAAUAUUAUUUUAUCGCAAGACAACUAUAUGUAUUUAAACGGAUACGAUAAACCGUUUAUAUCUUUCAGUAUCAAUACUGUUUAUGCUACAAAUUUGUACAUACAUCGCAAUUUAUUUUUUCGAUUUUUUUUUUCUUUCUUUAAGGACAGUUUAUUAUAACAAUUAGAACGAAGGCGCUAUACCCGUUUAUUUUAAUCCUUCAUAACCAUACCUCUUUAAAAGUUUAACCGUAGUAGUCGUAUAGGGGUCAGAAUGACUUCGGAGCGCAUUUAAUAUUAAUUUUUUUGUCUUCAAAAAACGAAAACUGUGAAUAUGAUAAUAGGUGAAAUGUGUUCUGGGGUCAUUUUGACUCCGGUGUGACCAUAAAAGAUUAAUAAAAAUAUUUACCAUUAUGUUUCUACACGAGGCUGACUCGCAUUGGCUUGUUAUAAUAAUAAAAAAAUGGUAAAAGAUAAAUAUUAGUACACAAAGUUAUCGCGUUCAUGUUGGAAAAAACCAGGUGCAGCCAAGUACUAGUCAAUGGUCUAGUGUCUAGUUUACACCCAACGACCUGACCUAGCCACUGACCUUUACCCUGCUUUACCCCACCUAAGACAAGUCUCGAACGGAGCGUUUACCCCUAACAAUAUAUAGACCUAUAAUAUAAAAUCCACUUCUACGUACACAGCUUAUUGCACAUUACAAAACAUGAAAUAGAGCCAUCUAUUAGUUUCUUAGUACACUUUACGCCUUUAGGCCGUCUGCCUGCGUUUACAUGCGUUUAAGCUAGAUAGGUCGUGCAGCCUAAAGCCCUGUGUCCACGAUGCUAGAAAUCGGUCCAAGAU